AUGUUGGUACAUUGUUGUUGUUUUGUAGUUAAUUUAGUACGAGGAUACACCGCCGCGUCUGCUGGACGCUUUAUACCAACUGUGUCAAGUUACUCCGCCGCCUGGAUCGGAAACCUACUCGCCACUUUUUUACGCAUCACGGUCUACAGAUACCCGCGUCCACAGAGUGUGUCUUCUGUGAGAUUCUGGCCAGUUGUCUGUAUGCAGGGAAUGACGACUAAUUUCAAGACGAGCAAAGCUUUAAAGGUCAAGAAGGAGGCGGGUGAGAAUGCCCCGGCGCUCAGCGACGACGAGUUGGUGGCCAUGUCUGUGCGUGAGCUCAACCAGCACCUGCGUGGGCUGACCAAGGACGAUGUCGUGAGGUUAAAGCAACGGCGACGAACCCUGAAGAACCGGGGCUACGCCGCCAGCUGCCGUAUCAAGCGUGUCACCCAGAAAGAGGAGCUGGAAAGACAAAAGAUAGAGCUGCAGCUUGAGGUGGACAAGCUGGCCCGCGAGAAUGCCAGCAUGAGGCUGGAGCUGGAUGCCCUGCGAGCCAAGUAUGAGGCCCUGCAGUGUUUUGCCCGGACUGUGACCCGCGGGCCCCUCUCGCCGGGGAAGGUGGCCACCACCAGCGUCAUCACCAUCGUCAAGUCUGCCAACCACAACAACAACUCCAGCCCGACCCCGUUCUCAACUCUCUCCUAG